AUUUGUGGCCAUGUGGAUUGUGAAUAGGCCUUUAUAUCACAUCAAACUAUUGACAAUUAACUGAUAAUUUAAUCACGAAAAAACUUCGUAUAAAUUUGUACUGUCAUGCUCGUAAGAGUCAUAUCAUUAUAAUUAUAUCAUCAAAACAGUGAAUAGCAGUUUCAAAUCGUAAAAUCGUUUCUAUUUUACCAAAUAUUGCGUGAGAAACACAAUGAGACGUGUGGCUGUGGUAACAGGUGGAAACAAAGGUAUCGGCUUCGCAAUUGUCAAGUCCCUCUGUCAACAAUUCGACGGGAAUGUUUACUUAACGGCUCGCAAUAUCACUCGCGGCUUAAAUGCUGUCAGUGAGUUGGAAAAGCAAGGUUUGAAGCCGAAAUUCCAUCAAUUGGAUAUCACCGAUGACGAGAGCGUUACAAAAUUCCGAGAUUACUUGAAAAAUACAUACGAUGGUUUGGAUAUACUAAUUAACAAUGCUGCCAUAGCAUUUAAAACUGAUGCAACAGAACCUUUUGGGAUUCAAGCUGAAGAAACAAUACGAGUAAAUUAUUUCGGCUUACGUAGAGUAUGUACUGCGCUUUAUCCAUUACUUAGACCACAUGCUCGAGUGGUUCAUGUUUCCAGUAGUGCUGGACGUCUUUGCAACAUUACUGGCAAUACAUUGAAAGAGAGAUUAUCUGAUCCAAAUUUGACUGAAGCAGAAUUAGAUAAAAUUAUGCAUGAAUUUGUCAACGCUGCAAAAUCUAAUACACAUGUACAAGCUGGUUGGUCAAAUUCAGCAUAUGUGGCAAGUAAAAUCGGAGUAUCUGCUUUAGCUGGUAUUCAUCAAUUUAUGUUUAAUGCGGAUUCCCGAGAAGAUAUUGCAGUGAAUGCAGUACAUCCUGGUUAUGUAGAUACAGAUAUGACUAGCCAUAAAGGACCUUUGACACCAGAUGAAGGAGCUCUAGCACCUGUUUACUGUGCUUUAUUACCAGAAAAUACAGAGAUAAAGGGAAAAUAUAUCUGGUAUGAUAUGACCUUAUCAAACUGGAAAUAAUAAGAUAAAUAUAUAUUAUCCUGAUUAUAUGCUAAUUAUUUUUAUAAAGUAUAACACA